AUGAUAAGUAAAUUAGAAACACUACCAGAUGAAAUAUUACUUGAUAUAUUUUCUUUUUUAUCAUGGGAUAAAAUACUAAUAUCAUUAUGGUUAAUAAAUAGGCGUAUUAAUUAUGUUAUUUAUUCAAUAUUUUCAAUGAAAAAAAGUGGAAUUGUUUUUAAUCAAUCAGAUUUAUCUUAUAAAAAAUUCUCAUCAAUAUUACUACCGUUAAUUUCGAAUUCAUCGUAUCUUUCUUCUUUAAUUAAAUAUAUUCAUUUUGAUGGAACUUAUUCAAAUUCUUAUUAUAUUAUUAAUAAAUGUCUUUAUAAUCAACAAAUUCUUUGUUUUCCUAAUCUCAAAUCACUUAAUAUUACUCGAUGUUUAUUAUCUCGAUCAUUAAUUCAGACAUUAUCUUUACUUAUCCAAAAUCAAUUGGAACAACUUACAUUAACAUUCGAUAAAGAUAUAGUAGAAUUGAUUGUAAAUUCAGAUGGAUUAUACAGAAUUGCUUCACGCACAGGUAAAUAUAUAUUAUCAAAGAUUACAUGA